GGUUGAGCGGUAAACAGAGCUGUAUGACUUGUAGUAAGAGUUUUGCACAAAAAUGGGCAAAGAAUUAUUUGAAAUCGCAGCCAAGGGAGAUGUUGAAAGACUUCGAGGGCUUUUUGAUGACCCGGAAAGUGUAUACGUCACACAUCCGGCGCAGAUAUUGAAUAAAAGAGAUGAAGCUGGCAAAUCAGCAUUGGACAUUGCAGCUAUGUUAGGACGCCAGGAACUCGUUCGAGAGCUUCUAGAGCGCGGAGCAGAUAUAAAUAGUCAGACCAAGAAAGGUUAUACAGCCUUGCACAGAGCAGCAUCUUGGGGACAUCCUGACUGUCUGAGAGUUCUGAUCGCAAAUGGAGCUGAUAUACAGAUACGAAAUGCUCAUGGUGAAAGGGCGAGAGAAGCUGCUGCUCGCUAUCAGAAAGACUCCUGUGUGGACUAUCUAGAUAGAGCAGAAGCUCAAAACGCCCUCUUAUCUGUUAUAACUGCAACCAAGGAUACAAUAUCAGAUCCAGAGAAGCACAUGGGUCGGUUUACUCGGGAAGACAAGCUGAGUGGUAACCGUUUCUGUGAUGAGAAGAAUGACUGGUUAGAAUCACACAAAGAACAUGCAACAGUUGAAGAGAUCUACAAACAAAAACAAGAACUUGAAGAACUUUUAAAACCCAUGUUGAGCAAACUUGAAGUUACAGAUGAAGAUUUCUUUGCCAAAGAUGUCAAGAAUGUAAAAAAAAUAGGUUAACACUUCCAGCCAAGUGUUCCCUGGGGCGGAUCCAGGAUUUAGUCAAGGGGGGUUCGGAGAAUCGUUCCCCUCCUAGGGGGUCCGAGAUUUUGAAAAUUAGGUCUUCGGCAACAUGAUUUUCAGCGUUCUGAGGGAAAAUUUAGGGGGGGUUCGACCCAACCACCCGAACCAUCCCUAGAUCCGCCCCAGGUUCCCUAUACUAAUUGUCCGAGUGCACACAAUUCUCCUAAGUUUUGAAUUAAGUUAGGUAAAGUGUAAUUCCACUAUCUUAAGUUAUUGCCUUUUCACAAAAUAAGCCAAGUGGAGAGGCCUAUAAAUACAUGGUCCUAACAUGUAUUACACCGUAUAUAACCAGAUUAUUGUACAAACGGUGUUUUUCCUGAAGCUCCUAAUGUACUGGUACCGGAAUUUUUGAUCAGCUUACUCUCUAUCAAAGAUGCUAGCCAUGUUAUCACGGUAUUGGUCAUGUUUUUUGCCGUGACGGAAAGCAUAAUUUCUUUAUUGCCUUUUUUCAGGUGAGCGAAGGCUAGCGCGAGGCGGGUGCGAGGGGAAAGAGCUCUUUCCCUUGUGCAUGCUUCGCGCGCUCCCAUCGAGCUUGCCUCUACUCAUCUGAAAUACGCAAAUAGAAAUGAUGCUUGUUCUACCAUUUAUCAAGUUGGCCAGAUUAGAGGUUAACAAUAAGACAAUUACGAUAAUAACAUACAAUAAGACUACAACCUGUCCUGUAACUCCAAAUUUAGAAGAACCUUAUAAUGUCUUACAGAUGGAAAAGGUCAUAUUAUACAAGAAAUUUGCAAUUAGUUUUUUUAAAAAAUGUCUGUUUUGUCUGAUGCAUAACAAUAAUGCAAUAAAUUUAAUGUACGAGUAAUAGGAAAAAGCGCGCUUCUUUCUUUUUGAUAUCUUAUUCGUCCGAGUAUAUUCCAUAACAUGAAUUCAGAGAGGAUCUUAUAAUGGAUAAUUAUACAUGGAUACGACGUAACCAAGACCGUUAGUGCGAGCAAGAGUCAGAUGAGGGUCUUUCAUGGGGUGAUGGCUUUUACGGCUAACGUUUAAAAUUUGACGGCUAACGGCUAUUUCUUUUCCACUGUUGUUAAAAUAACAAUUUUUACAGUUAACAUUUUUCUCGACUAACGGU